CACCUGUUCAACCGGCUCUCCACCCCCCCCCCCCCCAAAGCUCCCUUGGGUGUCAGCUGACGAGGGAUCGGCAGGCUGCCGGUCCGUCUGUCCUCAGGCACGAGCUCCCUUUAUCCAGAUAGAUAGAGAAGGAGACGCUGAGCCGGCUCUCCUUUCUGUCCUCGGUUUUCACCGUUUGCACGUCAGAGAGGAAGCUACAGAGAGUCUCAUCUUUGGCUUCUCCACUUUGUCAACUAAUAUUGACAGUGACUCCAGGAUAUUUAACAAGUGAAACAGAAAUCCACUGUCACUAAAUGCAGCAUGGGGUCCGAUGAGUCGUACAAUUUUGUCUUCAAAGUGGUUUUGAUAGGGGAGUCCGGUGUAGGAAAGAGCAAUCUUCUCUCUCGCUUCACCAAGAACGAGUUCAGCCACGACAGUCGAACAACCAUCGGCGUGGAGUUCAGCACGCGGACGGUUAUGCUGGACAACUACACCAUCAAGGCCCAAAUCUGGGACACAGCUGGGCUGGAGCGCUACAGAGCCAUCACCUCAGCGUAUUACAGGGGGGCGGUCGGAGCACUGUUGGUUUAUGACAUCAGCAAGCACCUGACUUACGAGAGCGCCGAUCGGUGGCUGAAAGAGCUGUUCGACCACGCAGACCCCCACAUCGUGGUGAUGCUGGUGGGAAACAAGAGGGACAUGGAGUCCGUCCGGACCGUGCCGACGGAGGAGGGCAAAGACUUUGCAGAGAAGAGAGGCCUCCUGUUCAUGGAGACGUCGGCGUUGGACUCCACCAACGUGGAGGAUGCUUUCACCGACGUCCUCUUGGCGAUUCACAGGAAGGUGGCCAGCAGGGAGGUGACCCGCGGCUCCAUUUGCGCCGUGACCCUCUCCAACCCCGUCGGACCCAAAAGCGAGGCCCACGGGGAGCGCAGGAACUGCUGCGGUGGCUCCUAGCCGACCUGUGAGGACCCCGCUCCGUCAUGGCUGACAGCCGCCGAGGCUCCUGCAUGAUUGAGAGAGCGAGGAAGCUGCUCGACACUCAAUAUACAGAGAACAAAACCAUAGAUCAAGAUUUGGAUAUUGGGAAAAUCUGUAUUUUAUAUGCUGUAUUUCUUGUGCCGGCUCAGGGGCGUAUUUUAUUUGAAAUAGUUAUUUGAAAUAAGAAAUUUCUUAUGUUUUAAAAAUAGGUUGUAAAGUUCUAUUUCUUUUAUGGGACGAAGUCAUGACUUUAUUAUGUGAUGAGGGAAUAGGAGACAUGGCGGAUCUCAGAGAAAGGUCGUUGGAAGAAAAACUCCACACCGUUUAUAAAUGCUAAUAAAAUUAGUCAUAAAAAUAUUAUCCGUAAAAGUGCAGAGGUUUUAUCAAAGAAAAUUGCCUAAAUAAAACAUUUAUACCAUUGACUAUAUUAAAGGAAUAUUAUUAAUGCAUUUACACAUAA